AUGCUUGACAAAAUUAAGACAUUCGUCUCUCGUCAGGCGGGGCAAAAGGCAAGGAAUGUCCUCGUCAGUUCGUCCGGUGCCCCGCCUUCCUUAAAAGAGGCCUUUGAUCGGGCAAUGCAGAUGACAAACACCUUAUUCGAGGAGCGGGAGUGGCAGUGCCCCUGUGGACAUAAAUUUCGCGCCUCGGGUGAGUGGGUGGCGACGCUUCCCAUCUACUGCGAGGUCCCGUCGUGCCCGAACCCGAAGUAUUACGUAGAUGGACCAGGCCGGGCUCUCCUAGAGGCGAACCCAUCCGGAGUGAAACUGCAGGAAGUAAAAGAUGCUCCUUCUUUACCCGCCUCGUCGUCAUCUCGAGGCGUUGGAGCACGUUUCCACAACCGACCGAAGUAA